AUGGAGCGACAACCGAGACCUGUAAAGGUCAAGAACAAGAACCCGGCAAAUGUGCAGAUCACCGCCGAGCAGAUCCUGCGAGAGACCAACGAGCGGCAAGAAGUGCCCUUGAAAGUCGCCGCGCAGAAGAUUGCCGACUUUGAGGAACUCAGCGAGCACCGCGAGCGGAAACGGAAGGAGUUUGAGGAUAUAAUUAGACGGAAUAAACAUGGCAUGGGGAAUUGGAUCAAAUAUGCUGUGUGGGAGGAGGGGCAGGGGGAGAUGGAUAGGGCUCGAUCAGUAUGGGAACGAGCGCUUGACAUCGACCCACGCAACCAAGUGCUCUGGCUGCGCUAUUCCGAGAUGGAAAUGAAGCACAAAAACAUCAAUCGUGCUCGUAACAUCUUUGAUCGCGCCGUCAGCUUGCUCCCUCGGGUCGACACCUUCUGGUACAAGUACGUCUACAUGGAAGAACUCCUCGACAACGUCGCGGGUGUGCGGCAAGUCUUUGAGCGGUGGAUGAAGUGGGAGCCUGCAGAAGCGGCGUGGAUGGCGUAUGUGAAGCUGGAGAAGAGGUACAAAGAGCUGGACAGGGCGAGGGAUAUCUUUAAGAGAUUUGUGGGCGUGCAUCCACAACCAUCGAACUGGAUCAAGUGGGCAAAGUUUGAGGAGUCGAUAGGGAAGCCUGAGUGGGCACGGGCGAUCUACGAGCAAUGCUUAGAACGAAUCAGCGACGACUUUAUCGACCAAAAUAUCUACGUCUCAUUCGCAAAGUUCGAGACGCGGCAGAAAGAAAUCGAGCGGGCUCGCGUCAUCUACAAAUAUGCCCUGCAAAAGCUUGCAAAGGGACAAGCGGAGAAUCUUUACAACGUGUAUACCCAGUUUGAGAAGCAGUACGGUGCCAAGGAGGGGAUCGAGGAUGUCGUGGUCGGCAAGCGGAGAGUUCGCUACGAGGAUGAACUAGCAGCGAAUCCAAGGAAUUACGACGUGUGGUUCGAUUAUGCAAAGCUAGAAGAGACAUCAGGCGAUCACGACAAAAUAAGGGACGUGUAUGAGCGAGCCAUCUCGAACGUCCCGCCAAUAAAUGAGAAGCGAUUCUGGAGGAGAUACAUCUAUCUGUGGAUAUUUUAUGCGGUCUGGGAGGAACUUGAAGCAAAGGACGCCGAACGAACGAAACAAGUCUAUCAACAAUGCCUAAAGAUCAUUCCGCACAAAUCCUUCACAUUCGCGAAAGUAUGGCUGCUGUACGCCAAAUUCCUCGUCCGCCAGAUGGACCUCGCCUCCGCACGCAAGACACUCGGCACAGCAAUCGGUAUGGCACCCAAAGAACGCCUGUUCAAAGGCUACAUCGAGCUCGAGCUCCAGCUACGCGAGUUUGACCGCGUCCGAGCCCUGUACGAGAAGUACCUCCAGUGGAACCCGGCCAACUGCUACGCGUGGAUCAAGUUUGCGGAGCUCGAGCGCAUGUUGGGCGAUUCGGAGCGGAGCAGGGCUGUGUUUGAGAUUGCGGUUGACCAGCCUGUGCUGGAUAUGCCUGAGGUGUUGUGGAAGGGGUAUAUUGAUUUUGAGGUUGGCGAAGAGGAGUGGGCGAAGGCGAGGGCGUUGUAUGAGCGUUUGUUGCAGAGGACGGAACAUGUCAAGGUCUGGAUCAGUUACGCCACUUUUGAAUCCACAGCCCUUGACAACGGCGAAACCCGCCUGGACGCCGCGCGCAAAAUCUUCAACCGCGCCUACACCUCCCUCCAACGGCGCGCGCUCGCCACCACCAACACAACCACCCAAACCACCACCGCCGCCCAACAACAACACCUCCAACAAACCGCAAAAGAAGAACGCGUCAUCCUCCUCGAAUCCUGGCGCGACUUUGAACUCCAACACCAGCCCUCCACGCCGCCCACCGCCGACGACGGCGAACCCAACCACCUCGCGGACGUCCAACGCCGGUUCCCGCGCGCCGUCAAGAAGCGCCGCGCGGUCCUCACCACCGACGCCGACGGCAACGAGAUCGAGAACCCCAACGGCGGCUGGGAGGAGUACUAUGACUAUAUCUUCCCGGACGACGAGACCGAGAAGCCGAACUUUAAGUUGUUGGCGGUUGCGCAUCAGUGGAAGCAGAGGAUGGCGGAUAUCGAGUCGGAUAGUGAGAGCAAGGAUGAGGAUGAGGAUGAGGAUGGAGAGGGAGAGGGAGAGGGAGAGAAAGCGGCCGAGGCGGGAAAGGCGGAGAAGAGAGGGAUGGAUGAUGAUGAUAGCGAUAGCGAUGACAGUAGUGAGGGCGGCGAGGAGAAAGCCGACAAGCGGGCGAGUGGGUCGGAAUCGGGCCGGCCUGCGAAACGGGGCAAGUGGGAGGAGGAGGAUGAGUGA